CUACUCAGAGCUUCAGAUUCAUUCUCUCCUUGGUCUCCACUCUCACAGCAAGACAAUAUGCUUUUUUGGCUGGCCUUGUGCAUGCUUUGCUCCACUGCCUGGACUCGUAGCCUGUAUGAGUCCGACGACAAAGUCCUCUACUCUUACUCACCGCCUGUGGGCAGCGCCAGCGGAGACCGGUUCGCCACCUCGGGAACGGGCCGCAUCUCGGCCGUCCGGAUGUGGGAGCGGACAAACAACAUUGUCACCGGGUUUCAGCUCAAGUACGGCUUCGCCUGGACCCCGCGGGUCGGCGUCAACACCACCCGGCGCGUGGAGCUGGACCUGUUCGACGGAGAGGCCAUCGUGCAGGUGUCCGGCAAGUUCAACCCCAACAGCCACAUCCACCAGCUGGUCUUCACCACCAGCAGGGGGCGCUCCCUCUCGGCCGGCCUGUCCAACGGCGUGUCCUUCAGCCACAACCCCACCACCCCCGAGGAGGAGCUGAGGAUCCUGAGCGGACGCAGCAACACCGCGGGCAUCACCGCGCUGGGCGCCCACUGGGCCCCUGUGGUGCACGCCUUCUACGAUGGCACGCAGGACUCCAACUAG